AUGAUCAUGCGUCAUCUCUCUCUUCUUCUCUUGCUUUUCUUCUCUUAUGCAGCAUGUCUUCAUGGUCUUCACAACAAUGACAUUGCUACUCAAAGUAUCGAUUCAGAAUCUCACAUGAGAACUAGUGACCAAGAUAAAAAAGAAAACAGUUUACGAUCAAGUAUCAAGACAAAGGACGAAGAACGACUCAGUUUUCCAUUUUUCUGGAAAGGGCCUCGUUCGACAGCUACGACUGAAAUUAGUGCAGAAGCCGCUAGAGCAGCUACGACUGAAUUUAGUGCAGUAGCCACUAGAGAAGCUACAAACGCUGAGAAAGAAAUCAUUGACGGUGCCAAAGUUGUCGAUGUGAAGAAAGUUGGUCGACUCCGACAUAUAUUGAAUCAGAUUAAGAAGAUUCCGGUGAAAGGAGAUGUUCUGUAUAUGCUGAUUAUUUAUGGAAUUCUCUUCGUCAGUACGAUUCUUAUUAUCUUAGCGGGAGUAGCGAUCAAUCAUCACGUCCAGAGUCAACUAUUAGAUUUGUUUUUAUCAAAUUUGUUCGUCAUGAGUGAUAAUGCUCUUUGUCUUGGUGAUUAUGAAGCGAAACGCUUACGACGCAUUGAAACGAAUCAGCGAAUGUUACAGUCACUUAAUCUUGAACGCUUUUCACACUGUGUAAAACGUACUCGUGAGCUUAAGAUGACAAAGUCCAUAGAGCCAGUGAGAAGGUCAAGACGCGUACAAACUUUACGUCUAGCACAAGUAAAAGCAUCGUAUACCACGUCACGACUACGAGGAAAUUCAAGACCAAGAGUUGUACACGAUAAACGUCGUUUGAAGGAAAAGCAGAAUUCAAAACAAUGGGAUCUUGAGCAAGAGCAAGAGUUUCAACGAGCUUUAAAGACAUAUCCACCUCAGCUUCAGUUGCCGUUUGUCUAUCCAUGUCAAUUAAGAAAAACAUGUCAAGCUACAAUGAUGCAGACAUUAUCAAGUACAUCGAUAGAAAUUGAACUUGAUAUGUUUCAUUCACGUUGUCUUGGGAUUCAAAUCUUACCAAUGGGAAAACAAUCAGUGAUUCAAGCACUAUGUCCUUCUGGUAUCACAACGCGUGUUUCGUACAAUAAUCAUGUUAUUGUAUGGAAAAAUGCAUUGACAUUAUUUGGAAGUGAAGACUGUACUUUGCAGUACAAUAAAUUGAUCACAAAUGGACCUAAUGACGUUGUCUUUGACUGGAAAGUUUGCUCGGAUAUUUCACCAGCAAUACAACAACGAUUGCAUCAAGUAGAACGAGGGAGAAGAGAUUUAAAACUUGAUGAUUCGUAUGAUACAAGCGAAGAAAUUUGUACUACUCCCGUUCUUCUAUUCUUACAACAUGCGACAGGACCAUAUAUUUAUUGUGGACGCAUUCAAUACCUCGGCUACAAAAUGCAAGCCACCACAUUUCGAUGGCAGCUCAUGGACAUUGCGUCAAUGGAUUGGAAAGCACUCUAUUCAAUUCUCUGUCAGUCAGAACAAUCGAAUAAGCCUGACGUUUAG